CCCAGGAAGUGUUGUCAUCGACUUUGACGUCAGAGUUGACACCCAGGAUGGUUCGAUGGAGCAAGUCAAGCGGAACGUGGAGAUUGCCAUGAUCUCAGUUGUGGGCUCUGGUUCUCUGAGUGGACAUCAACUAGACAAAAAUCAUUUAGUUAUUGGAGAGCCUCGUACUGAACAACUGUCUAGUGAUGACAGCGGGUCUGGAGGUCUAGGAGAAGCGGAAAUUAUCGUCAUUGUUGUCAUUAUCGUGGUAGUUUGCCUUGUCGCUGCUGGUGUUGUUGGCUACAAGAUCUGGUCUCGAAGGAAUUCUAAAUCUAAUAUGAACCAAGCAAGAAAUGGUAAUGCCUCUUACGCUGGAAAUAUUAGGAGUCAGUCUCACUCUGAGAUGCAGGAAACAUCCAGGAAUUCCAAAGAAGAAGGACGUCCAUCGAGGGGCCACGAUAACUCUGGGUUUGAUUCCACGCAAGAGAGGUAUCAAACCUACGUCGCCUGA